UUGUCUAUUAAUUCCCAGAAUCGUGCAUUCAUUCCAAUGUCUACUGUACUACUGUACUCUACUAUAUUCGUGGCAGUUUACAACACUAUUUAUUUUUUUUUGCAUGUUUUAUAUUAUUGGAGUUGUAUAUUAGCAUGAAGCAUGGGAGUCACGGGCUUGUGGAAGCUAAUCGAGCCCUGCGGCAAGCCCGUGCCGGUUGAGACUUUAGAAGGGAAAAUACUGGCCGUGGACAUAUCCAUAUGGCUCCAUCAGGUUGUGAAGGGUUUCCAGGAUAACAAGGGCUCCGCUCUGAACAAUGCCCAUCUUUUGGGUUUGUUUCAUCGCCUGUGCAAGCUGCUCUACUACCGGGUGAGGCCAGUCUUCAUAUUCGAUGGAUGUACGCCUCAACUGAAAAGGGAUACGAUUGCGCGUCGUCAGCAGCAGCGCAAUAAACUUAGCAACGAAGCAGACCGCAUACAGGCUCUUCUCUUGCAGUCCCUGGCCAGGGAGAAGGUUGUGCAACAGGCGCUGGGCAAGAAUGCUGAGCUUUUGUUGAAAUCACCGGUGAAACGACCGCCGCCCAGCAAGUCCAAAAACGAUGAUGAUGAUCUAUUUAAGCUGCCAGAAUUGCCGGCUUUGGCCGCUGGGCAGGAUAACCCAGAUGAAAGCGACCAGGAUUUGGACUACACCAGUGCCACUGCCACUUCGGAUAGCUCAUUUGAUGAGUCCACCGCUCGACAUGCGUACAAUUCGAGUCUGCAGGCCAUCGAUGUCAAGAGUCAGAACUUUAAGAACCUUCCCGCCGACGUUCGUCACGAGAUACUCACCGACAUCAAGGAGACGCGCAAACAGUCUUCGUGGGGGCGCCUGCAUGAGUUACCCGCCCGCAGCGAUGACUUCUGCUCCUUCCAGAUGAAGCGUCUGCUGAAGCGACGCGCCGUCCAGGAGAGCCUGGAGCAGGCGGAACAGGAAAUGGGCGGACACACGCUUACCUAUUCCGAGCUGUGUGACUUUUUCAGCGAGGAGGGUAUUGUAACGCCCACGGCCAUAGAGCAGAGCACGCGGCAAAUCAGCUCGGAUGAGCAUACGCGAUUCCUGCUGGUCAGGGAUCUCAAGAAGAAGGCAUUGGAGAGCACCAAAACCGAGAUGAAAAUGGAGACAAUUGAGGAGCUGCCAGAGACAAAGCCGCCAGUUGAUGAGGAGAAGCCAUCUACAUCCGGCAAGGCGGAGACUGUUGAAAUGGGCACUGAAUACGAUGCGGACUUGGCGCAGGCCUUGGCCCUCUCACUGGAAGAGAGCACCACAAAAGUGUAUGACGAGAAGGACUACGACUAUGACUCGGAUCAGGAGUUGCGGCUCAAUCGCGCUCAAAGCAAACAGUUGCGACACGCAGCCAAGGGUCCGGCCAGGGCAUACAUGAUUGAAUAUGGCGGCAUGAACGAUGAGGAGGUGGGCAACAUAAUGGAGUCCACUCAAUUGAAUGAUACGCAAAGCCUCGAACACUUACUAGGCACAACUGUAGUCCCCGUCGAUAUAGCAAACGAUUCAGUGGAGGAGGCCAAGCAACUCUCAAAGGCCAUUGAAGAGAGCAAGAAGAGUCUCCUAGAGGAUAAGGUACAGAUAAUAGACACGGAUACGGACUCUGAUUUGGAGGAAGUUGUGGAAACCAAGGCAUCGGCUGGUCUAGAAAUUCGUUUGGACAUCACUAAUAAUCUAAAACCCACCAACGAUCUAUUUGCGGAUAUAUUCGAAGAGGACUCUGGCAAGGAAAAAGCGGCAGAUGAAAGCGAAGAUGAUGAAGAUUUCAUAGAAGUACCAGAGAGUGAGGAAUUGAAUAUCAUUGAAGAUUCACAGGAGAAACCAAUCACAGAUGAAACUAGUCCAGGAACUGAAAUAAUCGAAGUAAAAGAAAGCCAAGAAGAAAUACCUACUGAACAGGAGGAGAACAAAGAAACAGCAGACACAAGCCAGGAGAAAACAAAACCUGACUUGGACUCUAUAUUGAACGACUUGAAAAAGGAAACCGAGGCAGUUAAAGAAAUCAAACUAGCAGUGGACGAACCCGAAACCAAACCCAAGCCUGUUCUUAGCUCCAUUCUCGAUGACCUGCAGAAAGAAAUCGCUGCCGUGAAGAACAUCAAGCUGGAGCAGGUAAAGCUGAACAAUAGCACUAUCAUUGAGGUAUCCUCCGACGACGAAGCAGUCUCCAAAGUCAAAGGCAAUGCCAACACCGAAGAAGUGAUUGAGUUAUGCGACAGCGAUGACAAUCAGAAGCAACGAAUUUCCCCCAAUAAAACGCCGAGCAAAAACAAAUCCAUAAAGGAUUUCUUUGACACCAGUUAUGUGGUGAAAAGGACACCGGACAAGUCACCAGUGGCCGAUAACGGUACACCGCCGGGUACACCAAAGGUACCGCAACCAUUCUACAGGAAGCGAACACCCAAAUCUGAUCGAAAACGAGCUGCUGGUGGGUCGGACGACAGUGAUGAGGGAGUUUCGCCCACGAAAAGGUCCAGCAAGGCUUCAAAGUCUCUUUUUGAGGGAAACGAUCCAGAGACGGAGCCACCUAAGACUGUGGAUCCUGAGGAACUCAUCAGAGAUGCAGCAGAGACCCUUAAGUCCCAGAAGACCUCCGAGGAGCUGCAGUCGAUGGCUGAUAAUUUGGCCCAGGAACGCAAGGACUUGGAAAUCGAACGCAAUCGACAGGACCGCAUGGGCAUGUCCAUAAGCCAGCGCAUGAGCACAGAUUGCCAGGAGCUACUACGCCUCUUUGGGAUACCAUACAUUGUAGCCCCCAUGGAGGCCGAGGCGCAGUGUGCCUUCCUGAAUGCCACCGAACUAACGCACGGCACCAUCACGGAUGACAGCGAUAUCUGGCUCUUUGGAGGCCGCACUGUCUACAAGAACUUCUUCGCCCAGAACAAGCAUGUUCUCGAGUUCCGGGCCGAGCAGAUCGAGCAGACAUUCAACUGCAAUCGGGGCAAGCUGAUACAGUUGGCGUGCCUGGUGGGCAGUGACUACACCACGGGCAUUCAUGGAAUUGGUGCAGUGACGGCCAUGGAAAUUCUCGCCUCCUUCUCGACCACACUGGAUGCCUCCAGCCCUGCCUCUAGCGGAAACCAAUCAGUUUUAGCCACUUUGGUUAGAUUCCGGGACUGGUGGCAGGCACACAAGAGCACCAGCCUUCCUCCAGGCAGUUCCGCCCGCCUGGCGCUUCGAAAGAAGCUGAAGAAUAUUGAACUGCACGAAGGCUUUCCGAACAUGGCCGUGGUGGAGGCGUAUCUGGAUCCCAAGGUGGACGACAAUCGCGAUGCCUUCAGCUGGGGUUCACCGGAUGUGGAAUCGAUCAGAGAAUUCACACGAAAGUCUUUCGGUUGGACGACAUCGAAGACAGACGACAUCCUCCAGCCGGUGAUCAAGAAAAUCAACGAGAAAAAGAUUCAAGGUUCCAUUCGCAACUAUUUCACGGCCAAGAGUGCCUUGAGGGUCCAACAGCCUCAGGUCAGCAAACGUGUUCAAUCGGCCAUUGACAAGAUGUCGGGCAAGAUCGAUGCAGAGACGCCGGAGAAACCAAAGAAGGUCGUUCGUACCAGGCGGGCGAAGAAAGCUGCGACGGAGGCUGAGUCAGCGGAUGUGGAAUCCGAGGCCAAGCCCGUACGUCCCAAGCGUGGCAAACGAAAGGCUUCAACAACAGAAACACCUGAUGAACAGCCAUCCACAUCGCAGCCGACGCCAAAACCUGGAAAAUGUCCGAGGAUACCAGACCCCACAGAAAUCAUACCACAAAGAGAAAGGGACUUGGAGCAGAUGCGUCUGAACAAGGCCAGGGCAGCGGAAGUGAUGAAAAAGGCAGCCAAAAGCACCAAAAAAUAAAUCUAAAAAGGGAAGUCAUAUGUCAUUGAAAUAAACAUCAUAUAAAGCUAGAUACACAGAGCAAGAAAUUUCAUGUUUAAUAUUAAAAAAAAAAACAUUUCAUUAAAUUAUAACCAUGUAUAAGAAUACGAAGGAGGACCGCGUUAGAAAGCGCUUGAAGACCCCCAGUAGAGUCUAUCAAUCUAAGGUCCAAUUAGGACAUCAACAAGAAAAAGUUUCCCUAGAAGAGCCCAAUCUUAAGAUACUGCCAGAUAAACUAUCCAUAAUUAAGAACUCGGCAACUCAUUUGGAACCAAAACAGAGCCAUCUCCAAAAUGCAGCAGAAGCUACGCUGAAACAAUUGGAAGGUCCCACAGUGAAACCGGAACUUAAGAUACUGCCAGAUAAAUUAUGCGAAAUCAAGAGAUCAGAAACUCAUUUGAAACCAAAUCAGGGAGUUCCCCUAGAAGAGCCCAAUCUUAAGAUACUGCCAGAUAAACUAUCCAUAAUUAAGAACUCGGCAACUCAUAUGGAACCAAAACAGAGCCAUCUCCAAAAUGCAGCAGAAGCUACGCUCAAACAAGGGGACGGUCCCACAGAGAAACUUGAACUUAAGAUACAGCCAGAUGAGCUACCCGUAAUCAAGAGAUCAGAAACUCAUUUGAAACCAAGGCAGGGACACCUCCAAAAGGCACUUAAAGCUAAGCUCAAAAUGGAACACCAACAAGAGAAAGGUCCCCCAGUGAAACCGGAACUUAAGAUACUGCCAGAUAAAUUAUGCGAAAUCAAGAGAUCAGAAACUCAUUUGGAAACGAAGGACAGCCAUCCCCAAAAUGUAAACGAGAUCAAGUGCAUAUUAGAAGAAGAAAAAGAAGGUAAAGAUGUGUCAUUUACAGAAUUCAUAGAAAAGCAGGGAUGGGGAUCGUUUUCCAUGGACUUUUUGAAGGAUUUGAAUGGAAACAAAAGCCAACGCGUCCAUCAUUCGAGCAGACUCUCCCCAAGGACAAAUAUAGAUAAACUACACACUGCAAGGAUGGACUUUAAGUCCAUCGAUUGUUUCGAAUCGGUUGAAAGCAAUAACAGGAUCAUCUUUCCAUCCUCGUAUUGUGCUCAUUCCGAUGUUGACAACGAUUAUGUGGCAAAGCAACGUGCAAAGUGGACCGAUUUCUUUGCCCAACAAAAGAAGACGCCAAUGGAACUACGCUUGGAGGAGCGGAGAAGACAAAUACAGAAGAAAGAGUCAGUAAAGAGGGCUAACGAACAGCAAAGGACGAAGCAAACCCGAAGUAAGAUUCAGCCUAGAAGAUCUCUUAGUGCUCUCUACAGAGAGCCUCGACAAACGCACCGCAUGCGAAAAGCUAUGGAAUCAAUUGCCGAGGAACUAGCCGCGAUGAACAUACAGCCCGAGGAGAGUGGAGAAUGCUCACAUGGAUAUAUUUGUUCAGGAGAAAGUAGCUGUAGUCAGUCCAAGUAUUAAUAUUAGUAUUGCAUGAACAAAAUGACAACAAAUAAAUCGUCUGAAGCUUAA